UACCUGCUGGCUGUGCUGCCCGUGCACAGGUGUCUCGGACGGCUUACACAUACACGCACAGUCCGCGUCAACCGCCGUCGGUGUUCCCCGUACGUUCCCCACGUACAGUGUCGAUGGUGCCGGGCAAACGCGCGCCUUUUGAACGCCGGUAAAAUUAUAAGAAAAAAAAAUGCCGUGUUCGACGGCCGUGUCGUUGUGAUCGACUUGUAUGCACGUUUUUCCGGUCAAGUAAAAGUUACUGUUGUUCAGACAAUUCCGUUGAGAACCGACGAACCUAACCAUGAUGGACUGGUGGUAAUCCAACGAGAAUCCAGGAUCGACACCACAAUAUCGUCGUUAAGGGAACGGAUAUGCCAGGACCAAGGCGGUUUAGCAGCGGGGCGAUGCAAGGAGGAGGAGGCGGAGGAGGCGGUGGUCAAUCGUGGGAAAUGGGCGAAAGACGGUAUUCCGUGGCCGGCACGGAUCCGCAUUUAAGCCAUCACGCUGUCACGUCGAUGGGACCACCAGCGUCCGAAGACCUACACGCCUGGAGCAUUUACAGACAAAAUUUGAAUUCCGACUUCACCGACUCCGCGUUGGGUUCCAGCGAAAAGUCUCCUCUCCCGUACGGUAACUUUCAACUCAGGGAGUCCACCGUACAGUCCAUACUGAGCCAUCCGCGGUACGGUCCCAAGUAUGACGUGCACAAGUCGCCUCUGGGCUCGAACAUGUACACGUACCUCAAGUUCGGACUUCCCAGAGUGUUUCCACCGAACAGUCGCAGAGACGGAUCCAGCGGCUAUGACUCCAGCGAAGACGGCGCGGCCACACGCACCCAACAAAGGCCUUACACGAGAACCAGGAGCGACCCGGACUUUUGCAAUCAUACCCUCUAUCACGUGGGUCCCACCCUACAACGGCAGCAUCCCGGCCGCCGAGGCAAGAGUAUUAGCGAAGCCAACUUGCUAUCGCCACACGGAUACCCCGUUCGGCAAGAGAUGCCAACGAUGCGACGGAGCGUGCAUGACUUAAGAACUCUAUCAGAAAUGAAUUAUCACAAUCACCCGCACCACUACACUAAUCCUGUUCACCAUUAUAGUACACACCACUUGCCUACUGGACGACCAGCUUCCAUAGCCGUGGUAGGUACGACUGCUACUACGCCCAGGGAUAGAAGUAUCAGUAUGAUGAGCAAUUUAAGCCCCAAUCGAUCGGAUAUUUACGGACAGCCAGCCAUUGUUUAUCCUUAUUUACAGGUGAGAGGUCUGGAAGUACCCGGAAGUUCUGACGGAAAGAGACCAAAGAUUCAAGGAGUUUCGUUUGAAGUCCAAGCUGGAGAAGUAAUGGCGUUUAUGAUGACUUCUGAACGCGAAGGAGAAGCCCUUCUCAGUAGUUUAGCUGACCGUCACCCGUGUCAAGUGCAACACGUACUGCUCAAUGGACAAAAUGUUUCUAUUUCUACGUUAGCGAAGCGUAUCGCUUAUGUACCCGCCGAGGCUAAGUUAGCACCUAACCUCAGCGUAGCGCAAACGUUGGCUUUUUAUUCUCAUUUGCGCAAAGCUCCUGCCCGUGCCAUACCAAAAGUAUCUCAAAACGACCAGAUGGGUGUUCUCAUCGAAGAGUUGGGUCUCGGACAAGUGUUAAACACCAACGUGUCCGAGCUGACUGCCUCCGAAGUGCAAAGAUUAAGUGUAGCGUGUCAUCUGAUGUCCGACGCCGAGAUCAUCAUGUUGGACAGACCGACAGUGACCAUGGACAUAUUUGACACGUUCUUUCUAGUCGAGUUCCUUAGACAAUGGGCCGCCGGCGCUCCGACCGGAGUCAAUCCUAGAAUCGUAAUGGUCACCUUACAACCUCCCACGUACGAAAUAUUCACAAUGGUUUCCAAAGUGGCGUUAAUAUCGGUCGGUCACCUCAUGUACUGCGGCCGACGGCGAAACAUGUUACCUUAUUUUUCAUCCGCCGAUUACCCUUGUCCGGCUUUCAAGAACCCGUCGGAUUACUAUCUCGAUUUGGUCACGCUGGACGAUCUGUCGGCCGAGGCUAUGCUGGAGUCGAGUCAGAGGGUAGAGCAGUUGGCGGAUUUGUUCAGGAGACGGGUGGAACCUUUACCGGAUCCGGGACCACCUCAACCCUUGCCGGGUAAACCGAGAACCGCGUCCGUGCCAAUACAAGUGAUCGCCAUAAUAUUACGCCAUAUGGCCUAUUCGCAGCCCAGGAGUAGUUUGCGAUGGUUGUCCAGGUUGUUCGUCGCCGGUCUAAUGUCCGUCAUAAUAGGCGCCAUAUUUUGGGACAUACCGGCCACCGAUCCCCAGCUCUUGUUCGGCGACAGACUUGGAUUCUACUACAGCACCAUGAUAGUCGGUGCUCUGCCGUUGGUCCUACAAAUCGCGUUGAACGACACGCACGGCAGCGAUCGAAACGCCGUCGAAAGUGACAUAGCGGACAAUUUGUACGGUCGAUUCGUUUACAUAGUGACUUCGAUAUUCUGUAACAUCCCGCCGGCGGCCUUCGUAUGGAUGGUGUACUCUGUGCCGGCGUACGCCAUGUCGGCACUUUAUCAGUACAUAAACGAUCCGGAACCUUUUUUCGCUUAUAUACUUUACAUAGCGAUUCACAUGAGCGCCCUGCAGAUGAUGGCCACGGCCGUGGGGUACUUGAUGCCCGACCGCCUCAGCUCGUCGGUAGUGACCACGGUAGCGGUCGUGGUAUCCGGUUUGAUGAGCGGCGUGCCGUUGAACUUUGCCGAUUUGAAGAGAGUGCCGGGGGUCAGGUUUUUGUCCACGUUGUCGCCGACCCGGUAUCUGAUGUUGCCCCUGUUGCAAAACGAUCACACGCACGACACGCUCGUGUCGCUGGCCUCGUCGCUGGUCUGUCGCAACAAACAGGUACAACACCAGGACAUCAUAGUACAGUUGCCGUGUCCCACGCCCAACGGCACUGCCGCCCUGAUCCAUCACGGUCUUCUGAUGCCGGCCGUCGACCCAUACCUGAUGCUCACCAACCACGAUCCCCUUUGGGCGGGCCUGUACUUGUGGAGUUUCUUCGCUUGCGUUGCCAUUUUCUUGUUCGUCACCGUGGGACGGUUAUGCAACAGGUUGCACAGAGAUUGUCGACCCCAGAGAUAACAUACACCGCGACUAGUAUAAUAUUAGCUAAUAGUAAAAUUCGAUUAGUUUGUGUUUUUUUAUUGACGCACCUUUUGCGGUGUGAUAAUCGAGAGAUGUACUCAGAAAUGACGGAAAGUCCGUAAUAAUAAUAUUAAAAUACGUUAAUCUGAUCGCCGGGAUCGACCGUGUACCUAAGAUUUACAAUAAAAAAUAAUAGGAAAUGUAUUAACGGACGGAUAAAGAGAGCAUCGUCCACUAAGUAUGUUCAAGUACGUUCAACGUAUACCAGAUCAAAAUAGGGCGGUUUUGUUUAUGGGAAACAUGAUAACUAAAACUUUAGUUUUUCAGGGGGCGAUAAAAACAUUUCAUUUCUUUGAGAAAACAACAUUUUUUUAUAGGAAGUAUUAUAAAAUAUCUUGAUAUUUAAAAUACAAAACAGAAAUGUACUUAUUCAUUUUUUAUGUAUGUAACGUUUUUGUCGUUUUCUGAAAAAUGUUUGAAACUUUUUACUUAUCAUGUUUCUCAGAGAAACCGCCCAUUAAUAUUAUCGAGUACAACGAAUUAUUAUUGUUUAGAUAUUGUAGUCACUACAAUGAUAAUAUUAUAUUAUUAAGAAUGAAUCGUUAGACCAAUGUUUUUUUUAAAAAAAUUUUUACAUAUAUCAUAUGGGUAAUGUUAUGAUUGCUAUAUUAUAUAAAAUAUAUAACGCGACGAGAAGUCACAAUAAAUAGAAGCCGCUCAAACGACAACAAUGUAUGAUUGUACCUACGCACGUUAAGUACAGAAACACUCUUCGUACACAAUAAUAAACUAAUUAUAAUUAUGUAUUAUUUAGUGUGCUAAAAAUAACUAUGUAUCGUUUAUUGCUAUAUUAUUAUACGACUACCAGUUACAAUUAUUAAUGUUAUUAUUAGUAACGUUUGUACAAUACUAUUUUAAGAUUUACCUGCCCAUUUACAUAAUGGGUACCUCUUUAUACGAGUGUGUUAUGUAUAGUUUUAAUAUGACAUUUAAUUAUUAAUACAUUAUCACUAUGAUAUUAUAUACAAAUUUUGCUCAUUAUUCUUUAUUUUUGUAUUACGUUAACGUGUCACAUACUAUUUUAUUAAUAUUAUU